AUGGAUGAUGACGCUAGUCCAGAUUUACAUAAAUCUUUGUCGGAAGGCCCAAUGGACACAGACGAGGGUCCCUUGAUUAACGAGAACUCCAAUGGAUUGUCGCAUCUUUUAACGGAAGGAGAGUUUAACAGCGUAGACGCGGGUGUCGUGGACGAGUCUUCAACAUCAAAUCAUGGUUUUCUUAAUGCCGUUGAGUUAUCGACUGGUAGCGUGGGCGAUUACUUAGAAAAUAACACUAGCGGAUUUAACGCGGACACUUUUGAUGUUGGCGAUAACGCAGUCACUUUUCCUAGCGACUCUUUAAAUACUGCCCUCUCCGAUGGAGAUUCACGCUUGAGCGAAAAUGUAUAUAAAAACACGACUUCAGAUAUAGAAGGAGAAUACAGCAACAGUCAGAAAACUAAGAUGGAAACAGACAAUGAGCAAGAUAAUAUUAAGGAAGAAAAUGAUGGUAGUUUGUCAGCUCAAUCGGAAAAUACAAAACAAUUGAACAUACAAGAAACUGUCUGUUCUAACUUUGAUCCAAAAGAAUGCGAAAAUAGUAAUGAUACAAAUCAGUUAAGUGAGAAACAGAAGGAGAUUAAAGAACUUGAACAGGAUGAAGAAAGUAAUUUAGUAAAGGAUGAGGGUGGAGAUACCUUGGAGAAAAAAAUUGAGCUGGAUAUUUCCAAGAAAGUGAAAGUGACUAGUGUUAAAAAGUCAGAGAAUAAAGUUGGUGGUGCUGAAGAAACAGAAGUUGUGUCGGAGGAUGAACUACCAAUUGUUCAGAAACCAAGCAUAAAAGAUGCUGAAAAUGUCUCUGAUGAUGAACUGCCAGGUCCCAAACCAGCAGAACUUCCAGCUGAUACUGAGGUUGUAUCUGAAGAUGAGCUGCCAUCAUCCAAAAAGGAUACCAAGGAAUCUCGGAAAAGAAAACCUGAAGAAGAAAGGGAUGGGUAUGACCCGGGUUCUCCCACAUCUGAGAGUGAAUCCUCCAACAAGAAGCAGGCUGUUGCUAAGAAUGGUGAAAGUAAACCAAUACCUGCAGAGAAAAGAAUGUCAAUAGAUGAAAAACCAAAGAAGAAAACUCUACCAGAGCUUGACAAGUACUGGAAAGUGGUCAAUGAUGACCCUACUGACUUCACUGGAUGGACAUACCUACUACAGUAUGUAGAUCAAGAGAGCGACGUAGAAGCGGCACGUGAAGCUUAUGACGCCUUUUUGUCUCACUACCCAUAUUGCUAUGGCUAUUGGCGGAAAUACGCAGACUAUGAGAAACGCAAAGGAAGUAAAAAGAAGUGCCUCGAGUGCAUCGAGGCCAACGAUGUUCAUAUGGCAAAAUCUGACGGAGGAAGCCGGCGAAAGGAGGCUGCUUCGGCGUCCGGCGAUUGUAAACAGGUUUUGGAAAGAGGUCUCAAAGCGAUUCCACUAUCAGUGGAUCUGUGGAUACAUUACCUGAAUCAUAUAAAAGCCACCAGAACUGAAGAUCUCGCUUACAUUAGAGCACAAUAUGAGAGGGCUAUAGAAGCCUGCGGGUUAGAAUUUCGCUCUGAUCGUCUGUGGGAGUCAUACAUCAAAUGGGAAGCCGAGAAUGGUACUGCACUUAACGUCACCGUCAUUUAUGAUCGCUUAUUGGCCACUCCGACCCUCGGGUAUACUUCACAUUUUGACAACUUCCAAGAGCACGUGAUGUCGGAGCCGGUGGCAGGGGUUGUGUCGCGCGCUGAGCUGGUGCGCCUCCGGGGCGAGGUGCGCGAGGCGACCGGCGCCCAGCCGCAGCUUGACCUUCCGCCAGGCGAGGACGAGCCACUCGACCACGUCGCAUCCGAGGAGGAAGCACAGGCUAUCAAGGAGCGGGUGAUCGCAGCCAGACGUAAAGUGCACAAAACGACCGGCGAGGAGGUCGCUGCCCGUUGGACAUUCGAGGAGGGCAUAAAACGACCAUAUUUCCAUGUGAAGCCGUUAGAAAGAUGUCAGCUCAAGAAUUGGAAGUCUUAUCUCGAGUGGGAGAAACAACAUGGGUCCUUUAAACGGGCGCUCGUGUUGCAUGAGAGGUGUCUCAUAGCCUGUGCUCUUUAUGAAGAGUUCUGGAUGAGGCUGAUCAAGUUUCUAGAGGAGCGUAUCGAUUCAGAGCCGGAUCUUGUUCCCGUGGAACGUGAAGUGCUGGAGAGGGCCUGCACCGUUCACCAUCUGGACAAGCCAGAGCUUCACUUACACUGGGCGCACUUCGAGGAGGAACACGGCAACCCGACUAAGGCGGCUGAGAUACUUGACCGGAUAGAAAAGACCUGUCCCAAUCUCGUACAGAUACAGUACAGACGCGUCAACUUGGAGCGCAGGCGUGGCGACUUUGACAAAUGCUGCCAAUUAUAUGAAGGAUACAUAGCUACGGCUAAGAACAAGGCAAUUUCGUCCGCCCUGUCCAUCAAAUACGUUCGCUUCUUGUUCCACAUCAAGCGGGACGCCUCGGCGGCCAAGAAAGCGAUCGACGACGCCAUCGCCAGGGAUCCACUCAACGUCAGGCUGCAUAUGCAGCGGCUAGACAUUGCACUGCACACACCCGGCACGCCUUUCGAAGUUUUAGAAGAGCUGGCGAUGUCGUACGAGCGGCAGGAGGGCGCCGAGCUGGAGUGCUCCGCGAUGAUGGCGUGGCGGCGGCGCGAGCUCGCCGAGGAGCUGGGCCCGGCGGCCGCCGCGCGCUCCGCCCACCGGCACGCGCGCGCCCUCGCCAAGCACCUGCGCAAGCGCGCGCGCAAGGACAAGCACGAGCAGCCGCCCCUGCCCGCACCUUCCGCCGAUGCGGCGAAGAAAAAGGAUGCCAACAGUACGACAAUGACCAGCAACGCCACCACCACAAGCGGCAACAGUACUUACUACCAGACGCCGGCCGCAACUACGCAGUCGUACGACCAAUCGUACGCGCAGCCCUACCAGCCGCCGUGGGGCUACCAGCAGCCGCCGGGCCCCUACCAGCACCACCCGCACCCUUGGCCCCAAUACCCCAACUACUAU